GGAGGGUUGGAAAAGAGGGAGAGGCAGAGAGAAGGAAAGACACAGAACUUGUGGCUUGACAAAAGAGGGCAGGUACCAGAGGCAGGACCAUGAAGGUCGGCGUGGGAUUCCUCUCUGCAUUGGCUCUGUGUCUCCUGGUGGGGACAGUGCUCACACAGAGAUCCCGGCCUAAAAAGCCCACCAGGCGUCCAGCGACCAGUAGGACGCCGGCGCCCGGUCUGGAACCGCAGGAGCCGACAGACUACCCCCCGGUGAUCCUGGGACCACCGUCUAUCUACCCAGACUGCCCUCGAGAAUGCCUGUGUUCCCCAAGUUACCCAAACUCCCUGAACUGUGAGAACCGAAACAUCCGCGUGGUCCCUGUCAUCCCGUUCAGGACACACUACUUGUACCUGCAGAACAAUUACAUUUCAGAGGUGACGGCAGAAUCUUUUGUCAAUGCCACUGACGUGCGUUGGGUCAACCUGGCCAACAACCGCAUCCAACGAAUAGACAAGCAGGUGUUUCAGAAGAUUCCUUCCCUGCUGUACCUCUAUGCACAACGAAACCAACUGAAGGAGGUUCCGUCAGGUCUCCCAGCAAGCCUGGAACAGCUGCGUCUUGGAAGGAACAGUAUUUCAAAGAUCCCUGCUGGAGCCUUCAGUAAAAUGGGGAACCUGACGCUUCUUGAUCUUUACCACAACCAGAUAAGUGACAGCGGUCUGGGUAAGAACACGUUCAAGGACCUGACCAGUCUGCUGCAGCUCAACCUGGCUCACAAUGUCUUGAAGAAGAUGCCUACUGGAGUUCCGAACAGCCUCAUGCAGCUCUUCCUGGACAGGAACCGCAUCGACGACAUCCCCAAAGAUUACUUUGAAGGUUUCCUGCACCUGUCCUUCCUGAGGCUCAACCACAACCAGCUGAACGAUAAAGGAGUUCCGAAGGCGGUGUUCAACAUCUCCACCCUGCUGGACCUGCAACUGUCCCACAACCAGCUGGCCCACGUCCCUCUCUUCAACAGCCACCUGGAGCACCUGCACCUCAACCACAACAAGAUCGAAGGCAUCAACGGCACGCUGCUCUGCCCUUACAACCUGCUGGCUGACGUCAGCGACUACAGUCUGGUUCCCAAGCUGAGGUACCUGCGCCUGGACGGAAACCACAUCAGCCCGCCCAUCCCUGUGGAUGUCAUCAUGUGCUUCAGACAGCUCCACUCUAUUGUCAUUUAGGAGAAAUCAGGCCCGGAGGCCCAAACGCUCACUCACACACUUCCUCCCAGCCCAGUUGAAGCUGUCACUCUCUCUCCCCACAUUCAGAACGUCAGUAAAGCACACAGACAUUGGGUUAUUUUUUCACCUUUAUCUUAUGACCUAUUGAGAGAAGAAGGAGGGAAAUGCCUUCAUUUCCAGCACAGACACAUCAACACGGUCAAGUUCAUGGCACACAAACCCGUUUGAAGUUGUCCUGAAACGUGCUGGACCACUCCGUAUGUAAAGUUACUGUUAAGUAUUCUAUUCCAGUGUAUAAAGACUGUGUAAUAUUGGUUAAUAAACUUCCUCUUUCAUCAAC